CAGUCAAAUCAAAAGAUACGUGACGGCUGCAGCGUUUCUUGAAUGUGUGUCGCAAUUUUUUCUAAAUACGAUGAAUAUUAGCGGGUAUUGUGCUUAAUUUAUAUUUAUAAAUAAUUACGUGUACACAUUUAACUAAAAUGUUGUGAAAUGUAUUAAAAUCUUCUAAAAGAAACCGAUAUAAAUUCGACAAAAUGGCCAAGGAAAUGAUGAUAGUGUUUGUGUAUGACACACAAUGCUGUGUGUCAGAGGAGGAUGACCCUGCAGAGGCUGUGCUGUACUUCCAUCCCGGCUGGGUGUCCGACACACAGAGACAUGCAUUGGCAGGACAGGUGGUGGGCGCAGCACAUUGCGUUAAGAGUCUCUUCACCCAGCCUGUGUCUAUCACACUACAAAGCGGGAAGUUUAUCCUCAGAGAGUAUGGUAGAUAUGUUCUGGCUAUAGGUAGUGAUCGUAAUAUCCCAGACUGGGUACUAAAGAACCGUGCCAGUCUACUCACUUCCAUAAUCAAAGUGUACCACGGCGAUAUGCACACGAUCGCGGAACAGAUGGAGGACCCCAAGAGACUGGCGGAGAAACUCUACCAGAUAUUUGAAACAUACCUGCCAGUGUUGCAGUACGGCUGUCAUAUUUUCCAACGUGUGCCGAUGCUCAGUCUGCCGAAGAGCGCUAGUUCCGUAUACAUGGAAUCAAUGCAAGUCCUGGAGCACUGCAGCAAAAGUGUCGGCGUGCUGGGCGGUGUUGUGCUCUACAAUAAUAAAAUCAUCGCAACCCAAUUGCCGCCGAGUCUUACUUCAUAUUUGACGGUAGUGGAUCCUUAUCGAAUAAAGUCUCCCGCGGAGUCUGUACAGACAGAGACGCCAUUGCCGCUCGGCGCACAACUGCUCGUCGUCUACGUCGCCAGGAAGACUUACGACAUGCUGAAGAAACAUACCGACAAGAUGCAGGAGUUCUAUCAAAAUGGUGAAGAAAUGAUCGCAAAGUUUAAAAAGAUGCAAGAAGCAGAACGAGAAAAACAAAGGGAAUUUCCACAAAGCGGUAUGAAGAGAGAUAAAUCACUUCUUUUCACAGCGGUCCCCGAGGAGGAUCACACAAUGAUAUCGCCGCCUAACAAAGAAAAUACAUCAGAAAACAGAAAGCCUAGCAUGCCAGACGUAGUGCCCUUCACCAACAAACCCCGCCCUAGGCCCAAUAAACUGUCUCUCAGCUUCAAAACGCAGAAGUCUCUUGACGAAGAUGCGAUGGAAAACGAAACAAAGUUUACAGGACAAACUAGCGUAUGUUCUACUCCGAUGGUAGAAUACAAGAGACUUCACGGCAACAUGCUAUCAAUAUGUCAAAAUCCAGACAACCAAACGCAGGAAAAAUCUCCGGACGUCGAACCGGACGUUUUAAAGAACAUAGAGAAUAGUGCCAAAUUAAAAAUUGAAAGUGAACAGAGAGACAAUAAGAUGGUUCUAGACAUCAAUUGCAUAGCUGAUCACUUCAUAAAUAAACCGGAACCAAUAAGGAAAUUGGCUAGUGUUAUGGACAUUCAGGAAACGUUUAGGAAGAUUUCCAACAGAGCGACGUCCAAGUUUAAGUUAAAGCGAUCUCAAAACGAAGACGACUCACCCGCAGAGGAGGCCAGGAGCCCCAGCACGCUCACCAUAAACGAUCCCUUGUUCCCAGUAUUCCGGAAUGACGGUGUUGCCAUAUCGGAAUCGCUUUUCAACCAGUAUCUCGAGCAGUAUUAUUCUAGAAUGAAACAGGAAUCUAAAGAAGAAAACAUGUUCAAUUUUAACAUUAAACUAGGGGAACAGAAGUUUGAAAACUUCGACUCUGAUAUGACUAAAUCACCUCAGCGAACUCCCAAGAAAAUAGUCAAAGACUCCAAUAAGACGGUGCCAAGUGAUCAGUCUAGACGAAAAGCUUUAUCUCUACCUCUUAAAUCUUUAACUGAGAGUACCGAAACGGCGACCGACUCGGAGGCGGUUAAUUUUAAAAAGAAAUUAACUGGGGUUCAGUUAACUCCUCUUAUGGAGAAGCUGAGUCACUUAGCGUUCACUUCGGACAAAUCCAGCGGGUACAGCAGCAGGGUGAUGACUCCCUUAGAAAUAAGAGAAUUUCCAACUCCAGCUGUGGAACGUCAACUUAACUUUUCUGACAGAAGUAAAGGUCAACGUGAAGAGUCAGAGGGUGAGGGCGAGGUGGAAGGGGAGUCGGACGAUGAUCUGGACGCGCUGCCAGAGUACGGGCGUGCGGCGACCAAGUGCGCACUGUUCGUAAGCGGACUUCACAACAUGGCGCUGCUCGCGCUCAUAGACCUCGAAGCUGCUGACAAUGUUGACACUAUUAAUAAUUUGUGGGAAACAUCUCUGAACGCGUUGGGUCCUAUAGAGCAGAAAUGCAUGGAGCCGCUGCCGGCGGAAGCGGAGAGCAGCGACUACAGCUACCUGAUGCUGGACCCCGAUUGGGGAUCGGUUCGCAAAGGCGGGCCCUGGGCCGCCAUGGACAUCGCCACUAUGGGACUCAUACACAACGAAUUCGCAGAGGACCCGGAAAUCUCAGAGUAUAUACUGAGGAGCGAAGAGAGCGUGGUGGUUGGAGCAAGUUGUGGUGGCGGGCAGCUGUUCUACCAGGAGUCGGGCGCGCGGCCGCCCGGCCCGCCUCCGCCCUCUGACGCCUUCGCAGCCGCUCCACUGCGCGCGCGCCGACGUCUGCACCGUGAUCACUGCGCCCUCCUCAUAUAGACCACAUACAACCGUGACUUACUCACUGGGGGAGAACCUUAGUGUAGAUUUCUUAUACUCAAUCUAGUCGAAACUAAGGGAAACCCCUUAACGACUAACUGCAGCCACAUGUCUUGGUUUCAUUAUCAUUGAAAA